AUGCAAAUAUUGACAGAGAUUGAUAGAUUACUUCGUCCAGAGGGAUGGGUGAUAAUCCGUGACACGGCGCAGCUGGUGGAAGCGGCUAGAGCUUUGACAACGCAGUUGAAGUGGGAAGCUAGAGUCAUAGAGGCUGAAAGCAGCAGUGAACAGAGACUUCUCAUUUGCCAAAAAACCAGUUGCCAAGAGACAAUCAAUCUGAACAAGAAGAAGAACAUAGACACAGGUUUUCUCCACUUUUUAAAAUUUAUUUUUGUUCCAAGUCUCACAUCAUUGAACUGUGGUGGCUAUAUGGGAAGAAGAAAGGAGUAA